UACCGAUUUCAUGUUCGGGUUAGCUGACCCAAGCUAGCUUUGAGUUGAGUUCGGGUCAGUGGUAAUCAGGAAGUGGGGAUGAGCCACAGUUUUCCGAGCUCGGCCUGAAAGUGAGCCUGGGCUGACCCACACCCAAUACGGGUCGAACCCCACCGAUUUAUGAUAUAUAUGAGAUAUGCUUAUAAGGAAGAGGAAAUCGCGGAGCAGUAGACGCAAUGGAUGCAAUUCUGUAGAGGAAACGCUCGCAAAGUGGAAAAAGCUUAACAGCCAGCUCGACUCGGAUGAUGGCAAGAAUGUCCGGCGGGUGCCUCCUAAGGGCUCCAAGAAGGGCUGCAUGAGAGGGAAGGGAGGCCCUGAGAACUACCACUGCAACUACAGGGGUGUUCGACAACGGACAUGGGGCAAGUGGGUUGCUGAGAUUCGGGAACCAAGCCGAGGCAGCCGGCUCUGGCUUGGCACAUUUGCAACUGCCAGACAGGCCGCCCGUGCAUACGAUGAGGCUGCCAGCGCAAUGUACAGCUCUUGUGCCCGACUCAACCUACCACAAUAUUGCAAUUUGAAGGAAUUGCCAACAUCGUUUCCGGAGUCUACCACAACAUCUCAUCAUUCUGAGGGUAGUAAGGAACCAGAAGCACCAAAAACCACAACAUCUCAUCAUUCUGAGGAUAGCAAGGAACCAGAAGCACCGAAAACCACAACUUCUCAUCAUUCUGAGGGUAGCAAGGAACCAGAUGCUGGUGUUCCAGGGAAUGAAUGUGUGGCCAAUUUGGAGAGUGACAGAAAAUCCGGGGCCAUGUCGGAAAGUGACAGAAGAUCAAUGGCUGCCAAAGCCCCAUUGGCUUUGGUCAAGUCAAAGGUGGCCCAGGAUGAGCCUUUGGAUGAAGUGCAGCUGCAAGGUUUUGGAGAGGAAUUGUUCAAUGCGGACGAGCUCAUGCGCUUUCUAGAUAGUGAUCCAGGCGGUAUGAAGGACAACAGCUGUGUACCAUGGUGGGACCCCAACAGUAAUGCUGGCCCAGGUUGCUUGGGGCUCGCAGAUGAGCAGCAGCUGCAAGGUGGGCAUCCAUCUGAUAAGAUGAAAUUCCAGUUGCCGUACCGGAAUGCGAAUUUAUUGGGGAGCUUGCCUCACAUGGAGCAGACUCCCAUGGUCCUUGAUCACAUAUACCUCGAUUUCUGCAGACCAGUGAAGAGUCGAGGGGAUGUUGCAGAUUACUGCAGGUCAGCGAAGAGUCGAGGGGAUGCUGCAGAUUACGGGCUCCUGUCAGAUCAGGAAAUGCUUCACUUCGGACCCUUCGAACUGGACUUUGGAGUACUCAACAGUGAGGAAGGAUUGAAACAUGGUUGCAAGUUUUCAGUUGGAUGUGCUUCUUUACUUGAGGAGCAUCAGCAGAUGUUCUGAAUUUUGAGUGGGAUAUGCUUCUUUAUCGUGAGGAGCAUCAAUAGAGGUUGUGAAUUUUUAGUGGGGAUGUGCUUCUUCUCCUUGAGGAGCAUCAAUAGAGGUUGUGAAUUUUCAGUGGGAUAUGCUACUUCAUCUGGAGGAGAAUCAACAGAGGUGUGAGGACUGAUCGAACCUGUGGUCAUAGGCAUUUUGGAUCUCAUGGGUUUUGAGCUAACAAGAGUUUUGAGCUGAUUCCCUAUAGUUUUUUUUUUAAGAUGGAGAAAUUGGCUUUUGGAAGAUGUAUUUGUUUCCUUCUCCCCCACCACAAUGGGAAGAGACUGACCAUAAACAUAUCUUUCUUUGCUUCUGUUCUCCCUGUUUUUUAAGGUGGCUGUGUAAGGAAGCGUUUGGACUGGAUUUUUUGAUGUGAAUAUCUGAAUGGAAAUAAUGAUAGGCUACAUAAAUGUAGAUAUUAGAUAUGAUGGAGGGAUGGAUUGUAUAUUUUCAUGCAAGAUAUGUGUUGUAGAUUUUCAUACAAAUAGAAAAUUCUAUUAUG